AUGAAGCAGUCUCUUAUUACCUCCCUGGUUGCCCUUGCGGCUUCCUCGGGAGCUCAUGCCUCUGAGAGCUUGAUCAGCGUCCCCGUUGGUCUCUGUGCUGGUAUCCUCGGCGAGGCUGAGUGCAAGCAGCAGAGCUCCAACGGCGGUCUCAUUAACGUCCCCGUGAACGCCUGUGUUGGUGCUCUCGGCAAGGCCAAGUGUGACCAGGCCUCUACUGCCAGCUCUGAUGAGGGUUCCUUGAUCAACGUCCCCGUCAACGUCUGCCUUGCUGUUCUCGGUGAGACUCACUGCAACCAGAAGACUCAGACCAGCGGUGGCCUCAUCAACAUCCCCGUCAACCUCUGCCUUGCUGUCCUCGGCGAGGCUGACUGCAACCAGCAGACCGGCUCCACCACCACCGCUGCCGCUGGUGCUUCCUCCACUGGCUCUACCGGUUCAUCCGGCAGCCUCAUCAGCGUUCCUGUGAACCUGUGCGCCGCUGUGCUCGGCGAGGCCGAGUGCAAGCAAAAGACUGCCUCCUCCGGUGGUCUCGUCGAUGUCCCCGUCAACGCUUGUGUUGCUGCCCUUGGCAAGGCCAAGUGUGACCAGGUCGCUGGUGGUUCCUCCGCCGCAUCUGCCACUGGCGCUUCCUCCACCGGCUCCACCGGCUCUUCCGGUAGCCUGAUCAGUGUUCCCGUCAACCUGUGUGCUGCUGUUCUUGGCGAGGCCGAGUGCAAGCAGAAGACCGCCUCCUCCGGUGGUCUCGUCGAUGUCCCCGUCAACGCUUGCGUUGCUGCUCUUGGCAAGGCCAAGUGUGACCAGGUUGCUGGUGGCUCCUCCGCCACCUCUCCUUCCGGCUCUUCUUCCACUGGCUCUACUGGCUCCUCCGGCAGCCUCAUCAGUGUUCCCGUCAACCUGUGCGCUGCUGUUCUCGGUGAGGCUGAGUGCAAGCAGAAGACCGCCUCCUCCGGUGGUCUGGUCGAUGUCCCCGUUAACGCUUGUGUUGCUGCUCUUGGCAAGGCCAAGUGUGACCAGGUUGCUGGUGGCUCCUCCGCCACCUCUCCUUCCGGCUCUUCUUCCACUGGCUCUACUGGUUCAUCCGGCAGCCUGAUCAACAUCCCCGUCGGUCUCUGUGCCGCCGUCCUCGGUGAGGUUGAGUGCAAGCAGCAGACCGGUACCUCGUCCGGUGGUCUCAUCAACGUCCCCGUCAACGCCUGUGUUGCUGCUCUCGGUAAGGCCAAGUGUGACCAGGUUGCUGGCGCCACUGGCACCGGCUCCAACGGUGGUAGCCUCAUCAACGUUCCCGUCAACGUCUGCGCUGCUGUCCUCGGCGAGGCUGAGUGCCAGCAGACCUCCGGCUCCAACGGUGGUGGUCUCGUCAACAUCCCCGUCAACCUCUGCCUUGCUGUCCUCGGUGAGGCUAAGUGCAACCAGGGCUCCGCCACUGCCCCUGCCUCUACCUCUACCUCUACCCCCUGUGACACUAUCACCUCCGAGCACAUCGGCAGCACUAUCAUCCCCGGCGCUUCUGAGACUCCUUCCCCCGUUGGCCCCACUGGUGCUUCUUCCACUCCCUGUGACACGAUUACCUCCGAGGAGGUCUCCAGCACUGUCAUCCCCGGUAUGCCCGUGCCCUCUGGCUCUGCUCCCUCCGUCACUGGCUCCACUGGUCCUUCCGGUGUUGCUCCGUCCGGUGCUUCUUCCACUCCCUGUGACACCAUUACCUCCGAGGAGGUCUCCAGCACCGUCAUCCCCGGCAUGCCCGUUCCCACCGGCUCCGCUCCCUCCGGUGCUGCUCCCUCCGUCACUGGCCCCGCUGGUCCUGCUGGUCCUUCCGGUGUUGCUCCCUCCGGUGCUUCUUCCACUCCCUGUGACACCAUUACCUCCGAGGAGGUCUCCAGCACCGUCGUCCCCGGUAUGACUAUUCCCACUGGCUCCGCUCCCUCCGGUGCUGCCCCCUCAGGCACUGGCCCCGCUGGCCCCGCCGGUCCCGCUGGUCCUUCCGGCACUGGUCCCGCCGGUCCCUCCGGCUGGUCCCCUGUCACCGGUGCUCCCCACCCCACUGCCCCAGCCAUGUCCAUGCCCACCAACUUCAUGACCAGCACCGUCAAGGUCUGCAACGCUGCUUGCUCCAAGUCCAUGAUGGUCUCCAAGUCCAUGAGCGCCUCCAAGUCCGCUUCCACCGGCAUGGUCGCCCACACCUCCCCCGCCGGAGGUGCUGGCAACGGUAACGGUGCUGGUGUUGCCCCCUCCGCCACCGGAGCUGGCGCUUCUCCUUCCUCCAGCACCGUUGCCUUCAACGCUGCUGGCCGCGCCACCGUCUCCGGCUUCGCCGUUGUCUUCGGUGCCCUCUUCGUUGCUGUUUUGCAGUUCUAA